AAAGCGAGCAACUGGAGGAUUACCGUACGUAGGCUGUUUUGUCGCAGAUAAACAGUCGAAUCAAUCGAAUCAAUAGUCCUCAUUGAGGGAACGAAGGGGAAGGAGACCAUUUUUUCUGUCAAAACGAUCUUUCGAUUGAUCCAUCGGAUUUUACGGUAGAAAUUUCACAAAAAAGUACGAGCACGAGUUACUCGACCGAAAAACUGUUCAUGAGACUCGUAAGCUAAACCUCGUCCGAAACAAAAUAGGUUGGAAAUGGCUUGAAAUGUAAAUUGCACAACGCCGAACAAAACCUUGAUUAGCCAGAGUAUCRACUGAUCACUUUCGCCAUCGAAAUCAUCAGGUACCGAAAUGAUAUCURUUCUACGCAUUUCUACAGCUAGAGUAAAUCACAGGAGCAACCGAAGAUGUCUCGAAGCCUCUCUGCGUAAMAUGCAGGUCCAAAUCGAAAUGGGAGGGCAACAUUAUUGUCCCCGUCUAUGUCACUCUUUCCUUCAAAACUUGGAUAAUUAURUUUUUAAAAGGCGGCAAUCUUUUCCCUUAGGUUUUUCCAAAAGACGACAACACUCCACCUCGAUCAAUACGCGUUAUUCUAGAAAGAUCAGAUAUUCCAUGGCGGCCUCAUCAUCAUCGCCGUUGUCCUCUUUCAUCUUUUCCGGUGACAACCGUCACAACACAGCGUCUUAUGCAUCGCAAGGCACCACAACGUCAUCAUUUUCUUCAGUUGUAUCACGUUCAAAUGUUACCGGCGACGAAAAAUUCAGCGUUAUGAAAAUAAAUACUGAGACYGGAGCGAUUCGAAGGAUCCAAAUGUGCCAGAGUGAAAUUAUGGUGCAAACAACCUUGUCACCACGAGACCUUGUUAGUCUGCGGCUGACAUCUAAAAAAGAACGACGGGAGAAUAGGGUUGGGAAAUCAUUGGUGGAACAAAUGAGGCAUCCUCCGACCAUCAUGGCGAGAAACAAGUUUAUCCUCCUUUCUAUGGGUCCCGUGAGAGCAGUGGCCGAACCAGAUGCCGUCUAUGUUUUUGAUGUUCACAGCAAAGCCGCUAGGUUGUUUGCUACAGAUUUAGCCAAAGUUUACGAGGAGAGGUCSGAAGCAAUAAAAAACAAGACCUUACUCAACCACGAAGAGCCGACCGAAUUGGUAUUCUUGGAAACUGUCCUCACGGACGCAGUAGAUUCCUUUACCGGCAGAAUACGGAUUUUCGAGCCAAUCGUUAACGACUUGCUUCUCCGAAUCUCCCUAGAUGUAGAGGAUGUUUCAAACACAAAUACAAUCCACCAAAUGGCUCCGCUAAAAGAACAACUGCAAAGCUUUGAAAUUUUUGUCACGCAGGCCUACGAUUGUGUAACGCAAUUAUUGAACGACGACGAAGCAAUGCUGCAGUUGCUAUUGACAGAACAAGAAGGUGCGUGAUAUUGGUGCUGUUCAACUAUCACACCCCAGCUCUUUUAUUUGCAAUGGUUCACAGAUAGUUUCUCCACUUGUAUGUUGCUAUCAUAUUGCGCUAAUUUCAAAUGUUUCAGAGGCACGCAGAACCAACACCACGGUUGAUUUUGAACGCCACCAACACGUGGAGCAUAUAUUAGGAAUAUAUGCUCGAAGAUUUAGUAGUGUUAUCCAAGAAGUCAAUUACCUUUUGGGGAGGAUCGAAUCUAGGCAAGAAUAUAUCGAACUUGAGCUCGAUCUUUAUCGCAAUCGAUUGAUCCGAAUGAAUGUUGAUCUCGCAAUACUAGCAACUGCAACCGGUGUUACUACAGCGUUGUCCGGCACAUUCGGAAUGAACAUGGUUAAUGGAUUUGAAGAAUCUCAUACAGCCUUCCUUGUAACGAGUGCAACGUCUGCCCUAGCUGCAUUGAGCGUGGGUCAUUUCUUUCGAAGGAUGGUGUCGGGCAAUGUGAUUCAAMAGCGAGCUCAGGAGCGUAUUGGUGAAAUCCGAACCAUGUCGAAUGCCUUAUCGGAUAUGUCUGCCCUGGAUUAUGCCGUAAAACAAAUGAUCAGGGGGGAAAACAUGAAUAAAACCGAGUUCAAGGAGCAGCUCGCGGGAGCCCGGCACUCGAAAACAUGUACCGAUGAAGAAGUCGAUCUUCUUUUUCGUGUUCUUAAUACGCACAAAGACGAUGUUCUCGACAAAGAAGAUUUCGUCGAAAAAAGGGAUUCGGGGGAAAGCCCCUAACCUUUGCUGCACACAAUGAGGACCUCGAGCUUUUUAUCAAAGCUGUUAGGUUGCCAAUGCAUUGACGUAGUAGCAUAACUUUCAACUGUACCUUUAGAGUUUUUCAUGGGUAUGUGCAUAUUAUAUUGGAUGGACAAAGUAUCACUUUAUGCAACUAUMCRUGUGGUACUACAAUUCUCUCACAGCAACAGUGGGUAUCGUGUUCUUGUGAAAUAGUCACUGCGACGGUUACGAAUGAUGACUAUUUGAUCUGUUUGGUAUUUCAUAUUGACACUCAGAAUUCUCUUUACAAAUAC